GCGGUCUCGGCUCCAGCGGCAGUAGCAGCGGCGCCGGUCCCGUGUGCAGGAGCUCCUUUGCGGCCCAGUUUCUUGGCCAUCGCCUGCUCUCUCCACAGCGUCAGGACGAGUCCCGUGCGCGUCCGUCCGCGGAGGUCUUUCUCAUCUCGCUCGGCUGCGGGAAAUCGGGCUGAAGCGACUGAGUCCGCGAUGGAGAAAACUUUAGAAACUGUUCCUUUGGAGAGGAAAAAGAGAGAAAAGGAACAGUUCCGUAAGCUCUUUAUUGGUGGCUUAAGCUUUGAAACCACAGAAGAAAGUUUGAGAAACUACUAUGAGCAAUGGGGAAAGCUCACAGACUGUGUGGUUAUGCGGGAUCCUGCAAGCAAAAGAUCAAGAGGAUUUGGCUUUGUAACUUUCUCAUCCAUGGCCGAGGUUGACGCUGCCAUGGCUGCAAGGCCUCAUUCCAUUGAUGGCAGGGUAGUUGAGCCAAAACGCGCUGUAGCGAGAGAGGAGUCUGGAAAACCAGGAGCCCAUGUGACUGUGAAGAAGCUGUUUGUCGGUGGAAUUAAGGAAGAUACUGAGGAGCACCACCUUAGAGAUUACUUUGAAGAGUAUGGAAAAAUUGAUACUAUUGAAAUAAUUACCGAUAGGCAGUCUGGAAAGAAAAGAGGCUUUGGCUUUGUUACUUUUGAUGACCAUGAUCCUGUGGAUAAAAUUGUCUUGCAAAAAUAUCACACCAUAAAUGGUCACAAUGCAGAAGUUAGAAAGGCAUUGUCUAGACAAGAAAUGCAGGAAGUCCAAAGUUCUAGGAGUGGAAGAGGAGGAAACUUUGGUUUUGGGGAUUCUCGUGGUGGCGGUGGCAAUUUUGGACCGGGACCAGGAAGCAACUUUAGGGGGGGAUCUGAUGGAUACGGAAGUGGACGUGGAUUUGGGGAUGGCUAUAAUGGGUAUGGAGGAGGACCUGGAGGUGGCAAUUUUGGAGGUAGCCCUGGUUAUGGAGGAGGAAGAGGAGGAUAUGGUGGUGGAGGACCUGGAUAUGGCAACCAGGGUGGGGGCUACGGAGGUGGUUAUGACAACUAUGGAGGAGGAAAUUAUGGAAGUGGAAGUUACAAUGAUUUUGGAAAUUAUAACCAGCAGCCUUCUAACUAUGGUCCAAUGAAGAGUGGAAACUUUGGGGGUAGCAGGAACAUGGGAGGACCAUAUGGUGGAGGGAAUUAUGGUCCUGGAGGAAGUGGAGGAAGUGGUGGCUAUGGUGGAAGGAGCAGAUAUUAAGCUUCUUCCUACUUACCAUGGGCUUCACUGUAUAAAUAGGAGAGGAUGAGAGCCCAGAGGUAACAGAACAGCUUCAGGUUAUCGAAAUAACAUGUUAAGGAAACUCUUAUCUCAGUCAUGCAUAAAUAUGCAGUGAUAUGGCAGAAGACACCAGAGCAGAUGCAGAGAGCCAUUUUGUGAAUGGAUUGGAUUAUUUAAUAACAUUACCUUACUGUGGAGGAAGGAUUGUAAAAAAUGCCUUUGAGACAGUUUCUUAGCUUUUUAAUUGUUGUUUCUUUCUAGUGGUCUUUGUAAGAGUGUAGAAGCAUUCCUUCUUUGAUAAUGUUAAAUUUGUAAGUUUCAGGUGACAUGUGAAACCUUUUUUAAGAUUUUUCUCAAAAGUUUUGAAAAGCUAUUAGCCAGGAUCAUGGUGUAAUAAGACAUAACGUUUUUCCUUUAAAAAUUUUAAGUGCGUGUGUAGAGUUAAGAAGCUGUUGUACAUUUAUGAUUUAAUAAAAUAAUUCUAAAGGAAA